UGAAAUUUCACUUGUUCUACAAAUCUUGAGAAACUGGCUUCCAUCUCAAAGAAUAAUAUUUCCGAAAGAAGCCAUGGAUUUGGCCGAUAAGUUGAUGAAUGUUAUCGUGAUUACUAUAUCCCUUCUUGCUCUCUUCUUCCUUCACCAAUAUCGUUUUCUCAACUCCCUUAUCUCCACUGUCAGAACCUUAUUCAAAGAAAAUUUGACCGGAAAAGUUGUGCUUAUUACCGGAGCAUCUUCCGGCAUUGGCGAGCAUUUGGCAUAUGAGUAUGCAAGGAGAGGAGCUCGAUUAGCACUCGUUGCACGGAGAAAUCAACGUCUGCAAGAAGUAGCGGAUGUGUGUGAGAUAAUUGGGUCACCUGAAACUGUUUACAUACUUGGAGAUGUCUCUAACAUUGAUGACUGUAAGCGGCUUAUUGAUGCCACUGUGAACCACUUUGGACAAUUGGAUCAUUUGGUCGCCAAUGCUGGAGUUGCUCCGGUCUGCUUGUUUGAAGAUUAUGAUGAUAUCACUAAGGCUUCACCAGCUAUAGACAUAAACUUCUGGGGUUCAGUAUACAGCAGUUAUUUUGCACAGCAACACCUAAAGAAGAGCAAAGGGAAGAUAAUAGUGAUAUCAUCAUGUGCUGGAUGGGUAUUUGCACCCAGAACUGCCUUCUACAAUGCAAGCAAAGCUGCACUGAUAAGCUUUUACGAGACAUUGAGGAUUGAAUUUGGGACUCAAAUCGGAGUCACAAUCGUGACGCCCGGAUUUAUUGAUACCGAGAUGACCGAAGGCAAAUUCCUAUCAAAGGAAGGCAGAUUGGAAGUUGAUCGAGAAAUGAGAGAUGUCCAGGUGAGUUUGAUGCCAGUAGAGUCGGUAGAGAAAUGUGCAAAGGCAAUAGUUGAAAGCGCCAGGCGUGGGGACAGAUACUUGACGGUGCCGUCGUGGAUGGAGACCACCAUACUUUGGAAGGUCUUUUGCCCUGAGAUUAUGGAUGGGUGGAACCGGUUCAUGAUAUUAGGGCCUGGAUCUUCUUACAGGGAUUCACCUAGCAAGAAGAUACUCGACGUAGUUAAUGAAAUCAAGCAGCUUCUUCUCCCUUGAUGUCGAAUAUAUAAAGAACUUAAUUUAAAUAGAAGUUUCUGUUUUUCCAUAAGUUAAA